AAAAGACACCAUGACCGCCAACUUAUAUGCUGUGAAAAUCCCCAUCGUCAUGACCCCGCGAAGCGAUGAACCAUCUCACUCCGCACCGAAUCUCAAUCUCAAAGCCGAGUUCUGGCGCCACCGGGCAGUUGAGCAAAGGUUGAAAGCGAACGGAAAGCCCUCCUCCCGCCCGCUCCCCAGACUAAGGGGAGUUCUCACAUCAACAAGAACAACCUGGAUAGAAUCCUCGUUUUCUCAGCCUUCUCGUACUAGAAGCUGGCUAUCUUACUGGUAUCAUACGUCACCCGCGGGGCCCUCAAUUUCCCCCUGAGUAAGAAGGAAAGAAAGAAAGAAAGGGCAGGUCUCAGGCGACUGUCAGUCUUGGCGUGAUGACAAACAGACACGACGCCACUGGUCACCAUGCAUCACUCGGAUCCCCGUCGCGCGUUGAGAUUUAGACUACCGUAAGGUGUGCGAAAAAAAAAAGCUGCAGCCCCGGUCAUUACCGAUUUUCUGCUCGGUUCGCGUCGAUUGAUGAUAUUCCGCUCGUACGAAGGGUUUACUCAUAUUUUCCGUUAUUCCGGAUGUGGAUCCAUGCGAUACGUGGUGUACCGGUGCGCUAGCCGCACCGCCACCUUCGCCUCGGCUGGAGCUCUUCCGCCGACGUUACUGUACGGGGAAGAACAUUUCCGACUUCUGGUGGGACUGCGCGUUUUGGACGGGUGCGGGAUGGGUGGGAAUGGGAUUUGCGAGGGGCGUGGUGUACGAGUGGUAUUGGGGGGGGUUUGCUUUUGUUUCUUCGGUCGUAUUAUGGCUAUGGAGCGUUAAACUUAUGAGGGUGGGUUGCGGGAUGGGAAUGGGGGGGUGGUGGUCGUUUGGGUCAGGUUGUUCAGCUUCGAUUCUUUCCCUUCCGUUAUCCGUUUUAGGGGGUUGGUGGUGCUGUAAUAUGAGGACUGACUCGUGUCAUGGAUAACUGCCAGAAUUGGAGAUCUGAUCUUCUUGCCGGUCUCCUUUGGUUUGUCCAAGCCAUGGUAAUUUUGCACAGGGCUUUGUCGAACACUGCCGGACUCUUGUUCAGAGAUUCAUAAACGACUCGAUCAGGCUCCGGGAUUAGUGAGCUUGGUGAGGGGUCUGCUCUCUAUCAUUUUUCAUUUUCAUUUUCAAUUUUUAUUAUUUUCAAUUUUAUUUCCGGGCCCGUUAUAACAAGUUGGAUGGGAGUAUUCAAUUUGUGUUGCAUCGGGGGAACGUCCUCAGUACGGUACCGGUAGUCGGAAAUGAUGCAGUGUGUCAGAUUUGCUUAGUGGCAUCGCUUACGUCUUCCGUAUUUGUUCCCAAAGCUCUAGUUGAGCUUGCCCGGGGAAGUGGGAAAUACUAACUUGUCCAACUUGCAUUUUCUUAUUUUUAGUUUCUAAAUCGCUCGAGGACUUAUCUGAGGAUGAUAGAAUGGCGAGUAGGGAGACCCGCUGGGCUCUUUAAAUAAAGGGAGAGGAUGCAAAGCUGGAAGCACAAGGUGCACAGAAGAGCAGUUAACAGAACACUAGAUGUCUACCAAGCCAAUUUUCCUUGCAACCCAUCCGAGGUCGUGCUCGACGGCUUUCGAAAGGGUUAUGAUGACUCGGGAGGACUUGAGGUGUGAGCAUGAGCCGUUUGGCGAUGCUUUCUAUUAUGGUGGAGAGAGGAUUGGGGAGAGGUUCUUGGGAGAGGAACACCAGGGUGCUAGAGAAGGGAGCGGUUUUUCUGAAACUGCUUACCGAGACGUUGUUGGACAGAUUGAAGGUGGGAAGGAAGAUGUUUGUGUCUCCCCGGGCGGAAAGCAUGCGACGAUGGGAUGUUAUACUAAUUAAGUCUAGGGGAAAAGGGUCUUCUUGAAGGAUAUGGCCUACUAUAUCGUUCCUCACGAUACAUCUACUGGGGCUCGGGGAAUCGCCCCCUCCCUCCGGUUGGGAAUCCACAAGAGGAAGGGAUACGGUACCAGUGGGGGUUCUAAUGAGGCUUCCAAUGGGAGUACCGACGAGAACGGGGAUCUCUCUCCGGAAGAUGACGACAAUCCAUCCGUUAUCCCUCUUUCAAUCUUGAAGAACUACCAUUUCACCUUCCUGAUCCGCCAUCCCCGACGGGCAAUCCCGUCUUUCUACCGCUGCACCAUUCCGCCGCUUUCCGAGAAGACCGGCUUCAGCUACUUCCUUCCUUCGGAAGCCGGAUACCACGAAUUGCGAGUUCUCUUCGAUUACCUCUGUGCGAAGGGCCUGGUCGGGGGCAAAGAUGGCGCAGAGUUGUGCCUCAUCGAUGCGGAUGACCUCCUCGAUCACCCUAAUGAAGUUGUGCAGAAAUAUUGUGAAAGCGUGGGGCUGGAGUUCGAUGAGAGCAUGCUUAUGUGGGAAGAAGGAAGUUGUGGUGGGUUUGAUAAGUGGAAAGGAUUCCACGAGGAUGCUAUUCGGAGCAAGGGGUUGAAGCCUAGGGAGGGGGUAAGCUUGCAGUGCUUGAUGUGUGGGUCAUGGCUAACUAUUCGCAGAAAGUCGUUAAAACAGUUGAGGAGGAAUAUGUAGGCUGGGUUGAGAAGUAUGGGGAGGAGGGGGCUGGGAUCAUAAAGAAAGCUGCCGAUGAGAACUUGAAGGACUAUGAAUACCUGAAGCAGUUUAAGAUGAAUGUCUAGACAAGUGGGGGUGAUAGGGUUCAUAGCUCGGGAUCGGUUGUAGUUUUUUUCUUUUAGAUUGAAUGAGCUGUAUGCAAUAGCUACGCGAUCGGGCCUACCGGUGUA